AUGUUAUUAAUAGUUUUGUUCUUUACCAAUGUGCUUGCUUACGAAUUUAAUUCACCCUGGCAACCUAAUAAUAUAAAAAUCAUCAAUUCAAAUAACCUGGAAGCGGAUGGACAAAAUUACAAUUUUAAUUACCAAAAUAAUUUUCCGGAGGAUAAUAAUCAGUUGAGACCGGGUAAUAAUCCCGGUGAUUAUAAUCAGAAUCAAAAUCAUCAGUCGGUGGUUAACGAAAAUGUCGAAGUAACUAACCCACUUAUCAUUCCUGUUUUCAAACAUAUCGGAGUGCCGUAUCAACACCGCUUCGAGAUUCAGGUACCACACGCGAUGCCUGUCGGUGUUCCGCAGCCGUACCCGGUGCAUGUUCCAGUGCCCCAGGCAGUCGCUUAUCCCGUGAUAAAAACUAUCAUCGUUCCGGUUGAAAAAAAGAUUCCAUUUGAAGUGGAACGGAUCGUUCCGGUCCCUGUGGAGAAGCCGGUACCGAUCGCGGUCGAGAAGCCAAUUCCUGUUCCGGUAGAGCAGCCCUACCCGAUCCACAUUCCCAUCUACAAGAAUGUUUAUCAUCGAAAAGUCAAAGGUCGUAGCAGUCGUAGCAGCCGCUCCCGAAAUCGAACUUACAAGGGAUAAUAAAAUUUAUAUUUAGUUGUUAUUUUAUAAUUAGUCUGUAUUUAUGUUAUUGAUUGCUG